AUGUCAAUAGAAGGCAGCAUAGAGCUGCUUCAUUCUUGGCCAACUGGGCAAAAAUUGUACAUGCGGAGAGAAGAUCGGGACGCCGCAGCCGCUCAGUUCCUGCUCACAGAAAUCUCUCCAGAGGCGAGGACUGCUUACAUCCAGGAACGUGAUACUAACCGUGCUUGGGUUCAAGUGCAUAUGGAGUUCUAUGCUAGACUGUUCGCAUGGUACCGCAGGUAUCGUGCCCAUCGAAAGACUUGCAAAGUCCUGAAUGACCAGAUAGCUAAAACUAUUUGCGCACGGUGGGGCUGGAAUUUUUGGGACCUCAAGACUACGAAGGCCUUCAGUACUCUAUAUGCACUUCGGAGUGGUGAUGGUCAAGAAAUAUCGAAUCAAGAUCUCGAGGUUAUUUCCAAGACAGUCUCAGAUGAGAUGAUUGUCAAAAUCGAGAAGAAUCACAACCGGAAGGAGCUAUUGGCGCAAAGGGAACGGAUCCGCAUCAUUGAAAACCACUAUAAUCGUCUUCGAUCCUCAGAAGGAAACGCGAGGAUGAUUCUGCCAAAUCUAGCCACAUUCAAAACAUUCCCCAUCAUCUCUUCGUUGCAAACCGCGUCGGCCGACGUCGAUACGGACAUGGACGCACAGUUGAAGUCGAAUGGGCUAGUAUUGAAAGUAUUGAACGACGAGAUCAAGCAAUGGGUGAAUGAUGCUAAGGCGAGGAUGUGCUGCAUAUUGGGGUCUCCGGGAUGGAAGACCUCAGACCUGAAGGGUCUCCAUCUUGUUCAGAGGGUUGAUGCUCGGUUUGUGUGCAUGAGGUGCGAGGGGACCAGGAAAGAUGAUUUCAUCGGCAAGAAGCGCAGUCUAGAAUUCAAGGAUGCCUGCGGACACAGUUGUCCAUCUUUGGGCGCGGAGAACGCUAAAUGGAACGCAGAUUGGUUCAGAGCAGAUGAGAAGGCUAUAAACGUGAUCACGAAGGUUCUGGUGGCCACCUCCGUUGAUCCUAGUUUCCCUGAGUCUUUAUCGGAACUGAAAGGUAUGGGGUCUGUCUUUGCAUGCUCCUCAUGCGAAGCGGCCAUUGUAAUGGGUUUUGAGGCCAUCGCCGAACACGCUCAUCGACACGAUAAUAUGGAGGUCGCCGUGCUGAAGCAAUACGAAGCGAAUCUUAUCUUAACGCACCCAAUCGCACACGGGCUUACGAAGAAGAUUCUUGUUGGCUCAGAGAAAUCUCUGCAACCAAUGAAAAGAUUUGGUUGUAGACAUUGCUUGCAAUCGAGAACAGGCAAACAUAUAGCUGGUACGGUUGGUACGAACACCAGCAAAGCAACUGAUGCUGCCGCCCCACCCACGAAAAAGGCGGAAGAAGGGAAAGAGAAGUUGGGUUUGUUCACCUUUAACGGGCUACGAUCGCACGUUAAAGCGAAGCACGGCGUCCUUGCGGUUCGAGAUGAAGAUUACUUCUACAAUGACCCCCACUCCGCCACUUCGCUGCCACCGAAGUCUCUAAGUGACUACUUAUUCGAAGCGCUGUGGCGUCAGUGA